AUGUCUUCUCCCAAGCAGAUAUUCAUUGCCAUUAUCGGCGCUGGCGGGGUUGGAAAGUGCUUCCUCUCCCAACUCGAGGCGCUAGCUGCGAGACGACCCUCCCCAAAGCUCAGCCUAUGCUAUAUUUCAACCAGCAAAAAGGCUCUGUACGACCACAGCUACUCUGCCAUCCCCAUCACUGGCGUCACCGAGAAACUCUCCGCCGCUUCGCAGGCUCCGCCCCCUCUUUCCCAGCUCGCUGAGUAUCUUGCUGCCGCUCCCGCCAAGGUCGUCCUUGUCGACAACACCAGUUCCCAAGAUGUCGCCGAUGCCUACCCGGUCUUCCUUGGUCGUGGUAUCAGCGUUGUCACCCCCAACAAGAAGGCGUUCUCGGGCUCCUACAAGCUGUGGCAAGAUAUUUUCUCCGCAGCGUCGACAUCUGGCGCCAAAGUCUACCACGAGUCAUCUGUCGGUGCGGGCCUGCCCGUCAUCUCGACCCUGAAAGAUCUGGUGGAGACUGGUGACCGUGUUACGAAGAUUGAGGGCGUCUUCAGCGGCACCAUGUCCUUCCUGUUCAACUCUUUUGCUCCUGUAUCAGGCUCCGGGGGCAAGUGGUCCGCCGAGGUGGCCAAGGCGAAGCAGCUAGGCUACACGGAGCCGGAUCCGAGAGACGAUCUUAAUGGACUCGAUGUCGCCCGGAAGCUCACCAUUCUUGCAAGACUGGCUGGACUGCCAGUGGAAUCCCCGACUUCAUUCCCCGUUGAGAGUCUGAUCCCCAAGGAACUCGAGUCAUGUUCGAGCGGUGACGAGUUCUUGCAGAAACUUCCAGCAUUUGACAGUCAGAUGGAGGAGACCAAGGCAGCCGCAGAGAGCCAAGGCAAGGUUGUGCGCUUCGUAGGCAGCAUUGACGUUGCUUCCAAGCAGGUCAAGGUUGGUCUGGAGCAGUUCGACGCAUCUCAUCCCAUAGCCGCGCUUAAGGGCAGCGACAACAUCAUCAGCUUUUACACGGAGAGGUAUGGUAGCAACCCACUAAUUAUCCAGGGUGCCGGCGCUGGUGGUGAUGUGACGGCUAUGGGUGUGACAGGCGAUUUGAUCAAGGUUAUAGGUCAGAUUGUAUGA